UUAACGACUCGUUAGAAAGCUAUGAAAAACAAUAGAUGCCAAGGGUGCUGCAGUGGAAAGUGGCUGGCCCAAUAAUUAACGAGGCAGCCGUGAAACUAAACCAUUAGUCAUCAGGAAUCGAAGAAAAGAGGUUCAUCUUCCGGUGCUAUGCGAUGAAAAUUGCCAUAUGUUGUGCAUCCCUAACGAGCAACAACCAAAGAUGAUCCAUCGAGCAUUUCCAAAGGACGAAUGUCAAGUCGUAAAUCAUUGGACACGGGCCAGAAACAAAAGGCAAGCACGAAAUACUAGGGAAAAUAGACAUGGAAAGGACCGGAGUAAAGGGUUAUGCAGCGAUUCUAUGCAUAACCGUAAGGACAAGCUAAGCGUUAUACAGAUAGACACCCCGCAACGCGGAUACCGGCUACCAAAAAUGUCGAAACAUUCAACCCUUUGCCGAGCAGUUGCAGAAAGUGAAUGUUACCCGUCCUUACGCGGGAUUUAAGAGGACACCGACGGAAGGAUUUAGUGUGCCAGCCGGUAACUGGAUGUUUG